ACUCACAUUUGUACAGAACACACACCUACAAUCCUCGAACUCCGAAAUCCGUACUGUCUGCAGCUGUCUCGUAGCACACCAACAACAGGUUCACCGGAAAAGCGACUCUCCCAGGCCGCUGCUGCCAUCCAUAUCGCCCACGCGACACCAACCAAGACUAAGCGUCAUGGCCGCUGAUAACUCAAUCAACAUUCCGCAAAUCGUCGCCGUAGUCGUUGUCGGCUUCCUCGCCGUCCGUUGGUACAUGAGCAAACCCUCCACACCUUCGACCGGCACAUCGUCCACCUCACGAAACCGCAUCGAUCCUGCCAAAGUCAACGCCGUUUCUGCCAUAUUCCCUCAACUUGAUCGCCGAAGCAUAGCCUGGGAUCUGUCACGCAAUGGCGGUAGCGUAGAGGCCACGACUGCAAGAGUGCUUGACGGCCGAGGGCUCGAUAACCCACCUCCGACAUUCCAACCCGAUCUUCCCGUCAUACCCACCGCGGCACCGAAUAGGACUGGGAACACCGCAGCGACUUCAGGCAGUAGGGUCACGCCAUCACAGCAGGAUCUUAUCAGUCGCUAUGGGCUGCAAGGGAGGGUGACGACGAGCGGAAAAGGCAAGGAACCAGUUUUGAGCGAGGAGCAAGAAAGAGAGAAGAAGAAGAGUGCUUGGAGUUCGGACAAGGCGCAGAGAGCCGAGGCGUUGAAGAGGCGGAGGGAGGAGAUGAUCUUGGCCGCGAGGCGGAAGAUGGAAAUGAAGGACAGCGAAGGGCAGUGAAGUAUUCGCAGACAGUGUGAUGAGGCCGAAUGAAGUCUAUAAGGUGGCUGAAUGAUACCAGGGCCUUGCAUAUGUCCAACAGCGGAAGAAUGGAAGUCGCACGCUUUAGCUGUGCCUCUGACAGUGAAUUAGCUCUGCUAGAGCGCCAUGCCCCAGACUCCUGCGAUCAAUCCACCGGGUUAAGCGAAAGGGCAUCAGACGCGUGCAUCUCUACCACAUCAGCGAACAGAGACCUGCGAUACAUCACCUUCAUGGCACCUUCAAUGUUGCACACACCGACUGGACGGCAAAAGCCGUUCCGGAUCGCCUAAUACGUGUCUGAGUGACCGGCUCCCCCUCGUGUGCACUGCGAGUGCUCGUGAGGACGACGGAUGCAUGCAUCGUAGAAGCGUACGACGCAAAUCCGGCAUGACACCUGUUCGAAAGAUGCUGCGCCUGUCAGAGCGAUGACAAUCACCAUGGCUUGCCAUAUCAUUGCCAUCAGAAGUGCAGAAGCGCCCAAUGUAUGCAAGCAAUCGUGGUGCUACCACGUCAUGCAAUGUGCACGCUGCAAGAGAAUGGUGGCACAAAAUGCUGUGUUACACAGUGUGCACAACAUUACGGGCCGCUUUCAUUGAAAUCUCCAUUCCCCUCCCCCUCCCUCUUGCCAUUCUACCUGAUCUGGUUUCAGCUUCUUUUCUACCUCAUACUGAGUUUAUCAAGGUUACCCAUUCGCUCAGCGUACAUUCAAGUUGCGAUGACGGCCAAAGGACAGCUAGCUGCUGCUCUCGUUGGCCAGGCCCAACGAAGCGCGUCGAUUUCAUCGCCUCC